AUGUCGAGACCACCGGAUGUGUACGAGAUGAACUAUCAGGUGUUAAUUGGAGAUAAAUAUUCACCAUGCGAGGCAAACUAUGCUGUGAUUCGCACCACCGAAGACAACAAGGAAGAAUGGCCCGUCGCAGUUGUAGUGGUCGAGCGUGAUAUAUUUGUUGAUGAUUUAUAUACGUCCAGUUAUGAUGAUGAUGAAGCAAUAACAUUGCGGAAGGAUGUGACAAAUUUGAUGGCGAAGGGUGGAUUCCCGAUGCGCAAGCGGCUCUCGUCGUCAAGAAAGGUCCUGGGAACAAUACCACAAGAAGAAAGGGGUGUCCCAACCAAGAACGUGAAUAGUGGAGAACUUCCGUCAGGGCGUGCGUUGGGGGUGAAGUGGGAUGGAAAGUCCGACAAUCUAGGCAUUGCAUUAGCACACAUUGAUCGUCCGAAAGCGCAAAAUACAAAGCGAGGGAUUCUGAAAAGAUUGGCUACAUUAUACGACCAAUUGAGCUGGGAUAGUCCCUACGUUGUCCGUGCCAAGAUUCGUCUGGCACGGACAACGUGUCAAGUAUCUGUCUGAUUCCACGACUGCGUUAUGGUGAAAAUGUCGUCCAUUCGUUGCCAAUCGAGUGGCAGAGAUCUUGUCGGGGAGUGAUCCAAUUCAGUGGCAUCACAUUGGGAAGAAGCUGAAUAUUGCGGAUAUUGCAAGCAGAGGAACAUCUGGAGCUGAUAUUUCUGCAGAUUCAACCUGGAUUCAGGGACCAGAGUUCUUCAAGUCUGAGUUCUCUGAGUGGCCUGUUGAUAAAGGUGCAGUUGAUUUUCCAGAGCCAAGUAAUGCGAAGUUAAAGAAAUCAGUUUUGAAGGCAAAGGCCGAACCAGCAAAGACAGUUAUUGAUCCUGCCGCGUAUUCUAACUGA